AUGAGUGAAUCUGUAUCAAAUUCGACAAGUUACACCAAAACUACGGAUUCUCUUAAGAUCAUUGUUCUAGGCGAUAGUGCUGUUGGUAAAUCAAAAUUACUUGAACGUUUUCUUGUCAAAAACUAUGAGGAUUCACGAUAUUCAACAUAUGCUAUUAAUAUUUUUAAACAUACAACUAAAAUUGAUAAUAAAACAGUAGAAGUUGAAUUUUGGGAUACAGCUGGUCAAGAAAAAUUUGAUAAUCUUCAUCAUUCGUAUUUUCAUCAAGCACAUGCUUGUAUUAUGAUAUUUGAUGCAACAAGAAAAGUAACAUAUAAAAAUUUAGAACGUUGGUAUACUGAAUUACGUGAUAUACGUCCACAUAUUCCAUGUUUAUGUGCUGUCAAUAAAAUUGAUUCGGCUAUGGAAGUAACAAAAAAAUCAUUUUCAUUUCCAAAAAAACAUGAUAUGCCAUUAUAUUUUGUAUCGGCUGCUGAUGGCACUAAUGUAGUUCGACUUUUUCGUGAUGCUAUACGUCUUGCAAAUGCGUAUCGAUCGGGUGAUACAGGUGAUUUUAUUGAUCAAAUUAUGCGAGAACUGGAAGAUCAACGAAUAUAUGAUGAUAUUUCACAAACAGUCGAUUUACCAUCACAUCAUUAUGAAAAUCAUCAUAGUGAUAAAUCUUUUUCAUCAGAUAAUAGUUCAAAUAUGAUACUUAAUUCAUCAAAAUCAUCUACAUCAACUUGUUUUGGUACUCGUCGUAGUUUCUCCAAUUGUUUUGUUAAUCGUGAUAAGGAACGUUAUGAAAAAAAAUAUAAAUUUUGGUUAAAUUUACUUCUAGCAGAAGAAUGGAAUUAUUUUUAUUUAUUAAAAGAUAAAUCUCAGCCAUAUGAUGAACAGGAAAAACAUAUUAAACGUAUAAAUUCAACAUCAAAAUUUUCAUCUAUACUUGUUAUUUAUUUAAAUUCUUUUAUACCAUUGAAAACAUCAUCAUCAUUUAAUCGUACAAUAUGUGUAAAUCAUUAUGAACGUCUUUAUUGUCUUUUUAAUUCACUACUUGAAGUUAUUAAUUUUGAGAAUGAAUAUGAUUUAUGUUCAAAUAUAAUUCAACGAAUAAAUUAUUUAAUGAAUAAAAUCAAAGAACAACAACAUGAAAAAAUAUUCAUUCAAUUUCCAUCUUAUAUUCAACGUACACUAAUUCUUUCAUCGAUUGAUAAUUAUCAAAUUCUUAAUAUUAUGUCAAAAGAUAAACAAACACUAAUAGAACGAAUACAACUUCAUUUAAUAUUAGGUAUUAAUAUACAACAAGAUAAACACUUACUUGUUUUAUCGGUUGAACAACCACAAGGUUCAAAUACUAUUCAUAAUUUUCAUUUUGCACAUGCUGAUAGAUCUAUUAUUAAUGAAUGGUACCAAUUAUUAGACAAUUAUGUUAAACAAGCAAAGCGUGAUUAUAUGAAUAAAUAUCAAGAAUAUCGCAUCUAA